AUGGCUAGUGAAAAUGCGACAUUUGGCUUCAUUGGCCUUGGUGCCAUGGGUCAUGGUAUGGCCAAAAACAUUGCGCUCAAGAUGGGAGACUCAUCAAAGCUGUUUGUGUACGACAUCAACCAAGAAGCCGUUCAGAAUUUCGUCGCAGAGUAUAAUCAGAAUGAAAAGGUCAAUUCUGCAGGCUCUCCCAGAGAAAUUGCGGAGAAGUGCGAUAUUAUCAUGACGUCGGUUCCAAAAGCACCUCAUGUGGAAGUCGUGUUUUUGAAUCCCAGUACUGGUCUUCUUGCUGCUCCAAAGACAGGGAAAACCCUCUUUCUGGAGUUGAGUACAAUCGACGCCGGGGCAUCGAGCGCGAUCAAGGACAAGUUAGAGGCCGGGGGAUUUGGACAAUUUGUUGAUGCGCCUUGUUCGGGUGGCUCAAUGGGGGCUGAAAAAGGUGCAUUGUCUUUCAUGGUCGGUUGUGCGGAUCAGCUCUAUCCGCGCGUUUUUGAAAUCUUAAAGUUGAUGGGCAAAGAAGACGGUAUUUUCCAUUGCGGUGAAUCCGGAACCGGACUCAAAACGAAGCUUCUGAACAACUAUCUUUCGUCGAUCACCACCAUUGCUACCGCUGAGACAAUAAAUAUUGGUAUUAGAGGUGGCUUAAAUGCUGAGAAGCUGAACGAAGUUCUGAAUGCAAGUUCAGGAAUGAGCUUCAACUCUAAGAUCAAUAAUCCAGUCCCAGGUCUUACACCUGCCAGUCCCGCGAGCAAUGGUUACACACCCGGCUUCUCUAUUGAGUUGUGUCUGGGGGUUUUGGAACUGGCUGUGAAGUCUGGGAACGAUCUGGGUGCGAAAAUGGUCCUAGGCCAGCCGAUGCUCAACGCUUACCGCGAAGCCGCGGCAAAGGACAUAUACAAGGGGAAAGAUGCAAAGAUUAUCUACAAAUGGAUUGAAAGCGGAUCAAACUGA